AUGGCAGGCAAGAAACAAGGAUACAUUUCGGAUGUUAUUGCCGAAUACAAGAAACCUUCUUUUAAUGCCGUUAAUAUUAACACUUAUAAUGCUAUUACAGCCGUCAAAACCCCACCGAAGGGUAUUNUAAAACGUGUAACCAGAUCUACCGAAAUAGUUUCCACUUCAAAACCAUCUCCUGAUACUGUGAUUAAUGAC